AUGGAUGAUUUCGUUGAAGCAAUCAUAGAGUUCUUCCACACGGGGCGGCUACUUAAGAGCCUCAACACGACAAUCAUAGCCCUUAUCCCGAAGACGAAUAACAAUCCUAAAGUGGGGGACUUCCGACCAAUUGUAUACUGCAAUGUUGUCUACAAGGCAAUCACGAAGAUCAUAUCAAAGAGGAUGGAAUCUUUGUUGCCCAAGCUCGUGAACCAGGCUCAAUCGGCUUUUGUUUCGGGGAGGAGCAUCAUGGAUAACAUUCACUUAGAAACAGAGCUAAUGCGGUUCUACGACCGUGCGGGGGGUGUACCACGAUGCACGAUUAAAAUCGACCUCCGAAAGGCCUACUACACCAUUAACUGGGAGUUUCUUGAAGAUGUGCUCCUAGGACUCAACUUCCACUCAAUCUUUAUUGAGAGAAUCAUGGAGUGUGUUACGUGCCCGUCUUCCUCUAUCAUUAUGAAUGGAAGUGCUCACGGGUUCUUCAAAGGCAGACUUGAACUUAUUCGAGCUUAUUUGCAGGGUGCGGAGGCAUAUUGGCUGCAAGCCUUCCUAAUUGUAGGUACGGUCACAACCCGACUAGUGGCGAUUGCAAGACAGUUUCUGUGGGGAUCCAAAUUCUCCAAAGUGGCAUGGAAGGAUGUCUGCCUCCCGAGGGAAGAGGGCGGCUUGGGACUUCGGGACUUGGACAGUUGGAACACGGCGCUACAUGUUAAAAUCCUUUGGAAUAUCUUUGCCAAGAAGGACACCUUGUGGAUCCAAUGGGUGCAUACUGAAAUUGUCAGAGCUGAGAUUCAACUAGGGCUCGAUGAUCUAAGCGAAACGAUUAGAAACUUUGUGGUGCUCGAGACACCAGCUGAUUCAUCGAAUAUCCAUGCAGCUUGUAUCCCUGAUGAGAUCUCAUCACCUGUGGGGCCAAACGUUCAAGGCCUCCCGGCGUAUCUAGCAUGGCUCAAACGAGCAGUCCACUUCGAGAUUGAUCCGAUCUACCAAAAAGAAGACAUCGCGCUCGUUAAGUAUGCGCUCAGUACCUCGUACUCGACACAAAGGAUAUUACACCUAUCACCCGUGGAUGGGGCAUGGAACCCGAAGUGA